AUGCAUCCAAUCCUGUGGGCUGUCGCAGUCGCGAUCUUUAUCAUCGCUGUCGUUCGACAAAAUCAGCACCGUCGGAGAAUAAAGUCUCUCGGAGUCGCUUGUCCUGAGCCUCCGAACGUCUACCCAAUCCCUUUCGGAAUCGGUCGCUUCCUGUACAUCGGAAGGCGUGUGAAAGAUGGCACAUUCAUGGAUUUGUGGCCUGAGUGGUGGCAAGAAUAUGGGAAAACGCUUCGGUUCUCAGCUUUCGGCGCCAACAGUAUCUUCACUGAUGAACCCGAUAACGUGCGUUUCAUUCUGCAGGAGGGCCCUUUGGCUGGAAAGGUUGGAAUGGGGGCCGACUUCCACGACCAGUGGUACGAGUUCCUGGGGGAUAGUGUUUUCAACCUCGAUGGAAUUAAAUGGAAGACCAAUAGGGCAAAGCUUCGAAAGCAGUUUACGAGGGAGAGACUUGCCGAUUUAGAGCUUUUCGAACAUCAUGUCCAACGCAUGAUUCGAUUCGUCAAAUCAUACAGCGAACAGCCAGUCCCCGUGCUCGACUUGCUGCACCGUUUCACACUGGAUACCUCGAUGAACUAUAUGCUUGGAACAGACGAAAACACCGUGGAGAAGCCGGUCCACCAAUUCUCUCAUGCUUGGGACAAUGUCUUUGAGAUCAUGGAUGCCCGUGCCCGCGCAGGCGGGCUGUGGAAGAUUCUGCUCCCUAAGAAGCCAAUGCAGGAUGCCAUGGCUGUCCUCAAUGAGGUCGCUUAUACCCAGAUUGACAGGGCAGUGGAAAGGCGCAAGAAUGGAGAAAAGCUGGGUACCAGCUUCUUGGAUGCUAUCACAGAGGACACACUGGAUCGCGAGGAAAUCCGGGGUCAUUUAAUGACGAUUAUGCUUGGAGGCCGAGAUACUGCAGCUUUGACAUUGACUAAUACCUUACACGCGCUUGCACGCCAUCCUGCCGUCUAUGCCACGGCUCGAGCCGAGAUUCUGGAAGUGAUUGGACCUUCAGAGAUACCCACAUUUGAGCAACUAAAGAAGCUACCCUAUCUCAAGGCCAUCAUCGAUGAAGUUCUGCGUCUGUGGCCCAUUCUUCCGUACACUCGGAAAAGCGCUCUCAAAGACUGCACUCUGCCGACGGGCGGCAAGAACCGCGAGCCGAUUGCAGUUCUUGCAGACACGGAACUAUACUACUCAGCGAGGAGUAUGCACCGACGACCAGAGUUCUGGGGCCAUGAUGCAGACCUCUUUCGACCCGAGCGUUGGAUCGAGUCCGGUGGCAAUCACAAACCAUGGACCUAUUUCCCUUUCAGCGGCGGUCCCCGUAUCUGCGUUGGCAUGCAAUUUGCCAUGACAGAAAUGCAAUACAUUCUAUCUAGGUUGCUGCAAUCAUUUCCGUCCCUCUCAACUACUCAGCCUGAGCUUGAAUACAAGAUGAUGAUUUUGAUGGUUCCAAAGACGGAAGUUUACGUGACUUUCCACGACAAGGAGGCAUGA